AUGGGAGGGUCAAUGUGGGUAACAACUAACAGGAUUAUCAGGAAGAGGAUCCACGUCCGAGUGGAGCAUGUGCAGCCUUCAAGGUGUACUGAGGAAUUCAAACUAAGGAAACAGAAGAAUGAUCCUCUGAAAGCAGAGGCAAAGGCAAGAGGUGAGGUGAUUAGCACAAAGAGGCAGCCAGAGGGCCCAAAACCUGGGUUUAUGGUGGAGGGUGCGAUGCUGGAAACUGUUACUCCCAUUCCUUACGAUGUUGUUAAUGAUCUCAAGGGUGGUUAUUAGGUAUGUUUUGUGCUGGUUUUGGCAAUGGAUGUUUUCUAUGGAGAGUUGUACUUUUGCUUUGAUGUUUCAAAUUUUUUGUCAUGAGUACACAAGAUUAAUUUUUCUUUUAUCAUUCUGAUUUUAA